AUGGUGACGGGAGCCAAUAAAAGCACAGCCGAUGGCGUGACGCCGUUGAUGUUCGCUGCGUUUGAGGGACAUCUGGAUGUGGUGCGACUACUAAUCAGUCAGAAAGCGGACGUCAACAAAGAAGACGUCAGUGGUGACACGGCUCUGCUGCGUGCGUGUGACCAGGGGCACUUUGAGACAGUUCGGUACCUCUUGGACAACAACGCACAGGUCAACCACCAGAACAGCCACGGCGAGAACGCGCUCAUGUACGGUGUGCGCUAUGGCAACUUCGCACUGUGCCAGCUGCUGCUUGACAGAGACGGUGAGGUGAAUCUCUCGAAUGUCGAUGGCUUGACUGCGCUGAUGGUGGCAGCUGAGAGAGGCAAUGUGGACAUCCUGAACAUUCUGUUGGAGGCAGGUGCAUGGCUCAUGGCACGCGACAACGACGGCGACUCGGCCCUCAGAUAUGCUGCCCUGGGCGGUAGUGUGGACGUGUGUCAACUGCUGAUCAACAAAGGAAUGGACACCGACCUACCCAAUAACGCCAACCGCACACCGCUGAUGUCAGGUGAGAGAGAGCGCGUGCAAUGCCUGUAG